AUAUAGAUACACACACACACACACACACACACACACACACACACACACAUAUAUAUAUAUAUAUACAUACAUAUAUGCGAAUUUACAACCCUUCGUUUUAGCCAGAACCAAACCUAGAAAACACUCUAAAACCCUUCCACUUUGAGAGGGGAAUCCAACGGAGAAAGAAUCGUAGGAAAACGGUCGUGAAACGAGGGGGAAACACUUCGCCGGAGUCUCGCCGGGCUACUCUUCACAUCGGAAACCAGAGGAAGGAGAGCUGCCGUUGUCCUCCAGUCCAUUACUGACCUUCUCCGUCGCAGAAGGAGUCCACCGUCGCCGUCGAUCCAAUCGUCGGUCCUCAGAAAGAAGGAGAAUUCAAGUGAAGACCAAGUUAGAGAUUUUAUUAAGAGGAUUAAGAGCAUCAGGACUUAAGCUAGAAGCCGUCUGAGAAGAGCUCCGUGCAUCCAAAAGUUCCGAUGCGGCGCAGCUAGAAGCCGUCCGAGAAGAGCUCCGCGCAUCCAAAAGUUCCGAUGCGGCACAGCUAGAAGCUAUCCGAGAAGAGCUCCGCGCAUCCAAAAGUUCUGAUGCGGCACAAUUAGAAGCUGUCCGGGAGGAAAUGCGUCAACGAAUGGCUCUCCUCCAAGGUGAAAAUGACGCUUUGAGAUCUCAGGUGCAAUCGGUGGCAUCCAUAGCCUCCAUCUCACGACGGGGUGAGGAUGUGGCUACCGUGGCAACGAGACUGAACAUGGGUUCGAUUCCGGAUUCAACGGAACCUUACAUCCCUCACUCCGGGACCGACACAUCUGGAGGAGCAGGGCCCUCAACUCGUUCCAUUCCACCCCCAAAUCCCAGAAGGAACAUAUUCCGAAAUAUGUUUGCAGAUCCCCAGAGACAACAUGUUCCAAAUCAUGUCGACAUUCACAGAUAUGUCGACAUCAACAACCAGAUGCGACAAGUUCCAAGCCAUGUCGACAUGCCCAUACGUGUCGACAUCAAUAAUCAAAGGUGUCAGGAUCCAGAGGUCGUCACCAUAUAGUCGCCAACCGAGUAGAGGAUAACUCAGACAGAAAUGUCUCCCGAAGCAGCGGGUCCACAGAUACAAACAAACAUGACAGGUCCAUUGGCCGUCAUCAUGGAGGAGCUGAGGGAAUUGCGAGAGAAGGUCAACAGCAUACCUGGAGUCCCACGUCCACUUGACGUGGCGACACAAACCUGUUACGCAGAUUCACCCUUCGGCCGACAUAUUGCAGACGUCGAGAUUCCAAGAAAAUUCACCGUACCAUCAAUGAAGUUGUUCGACGGAACCGCCGAUCCGAUAGAACAUGUCGCUCAGUACAAGCAACAAAUGUUAGCUGUCUCGGUUAGACCAGACUAGCGAGAAGCUUGCAUGUGCAGGGCAUUUGGGACGACGUUGACAGGACCAGCGUUGACACGCAUGGUUCGUCAAUCUGCCGAACGAAGGCAUCAAUUCGUUUGCGGAGCUGGUCAACUUAAUCAAUCAACAGUUUGCAAGCAGCCGAGCCUUGGAGAAGCAGACUAGUGACCUCCACCGAGUAGUCCAACGACACAAUGAAUUCUUAAGGGAUUACUUGCACCAAUUCAAUAAGGAGAAGGUGUCAAUCCCAGGUGUCACAUACCGAAAACAAUUGAAGCAUUCAGAAAGGGACUGUUGGAGGAUUCAGAGUUAUAUCAGGAGUUGACGAAAUACCCUAGUCGGUCCUUCGAAGAUGUCCAAGCAAAAGCACUGACAUUCAUCCAUCUAGAAGAAGACUUACGAUCCUGUCGAGGACAAAUUGAGCAGGACGGGGGGCACGGGAAGUCAGAAUCUCAAAGGAGACAUGAUUACAAACAUGGAAAGCCAUAUUCGAGGCCUGAUUAAAAAAUGCAUUCAACAGGUGAGUAGCGAAUAUAAUUUCACUCAUUUGGGAUAAUUUAAAUUAUUUGGUGCCACCAAAUGCAUUUUAGUAUUUCCAAUGCAAGUUGCGAUUUGGCGGGCUGCAAACUGCGAUGGGCAAGUGAGCUGCAAGAAAGGUUCACUGAAGGUGAACAAGUAGUCAAGGAUGUGAGGUGUGCUGCGAGUUGGCGACUGUACUGAAUCGAAUUGACGGCAAGCCAACAAAGUAUGCGGCUGAACAAACUCUGUGCUUUUCAGAUUUUGGCAAUCUGGCUUUUGCCAUCUGCUAAGUUGCUCGCCUCUGCCAGGUUAUUUAUGCCUCUGUAUCAAAUCAUAAUUCGAAGUGGCGGGUCAUUGAAAUGGUCAAACGAUGGAAGUAAAAGGAGCUUGUGGAAAUUAGUAUUGGAAUAGAGAAGAGCAAUAUAAAAAGCAAUGAAGAAAAAAUUCAAGAUGUCUAGGAAAGGACCUUAUAUUAUACCAGAGAACAAGCUACAAAAAUUGCAGAAUCUGUCCAAGAAAUCAAGCAUUCACGGUAACCUUCUGCCUAAGAAUUCAACAUUUCCCUCCAGUAUUAAAUCCAUCCAUGGCAGAUUAUUUCCACCGCAGGGGCCUGAUGCUAGGAAUCUAUUCAAGUGUUGGGUAAAUGUAUAAAAUCAAUUUAACAAUAAUCGUUUAAUAGUAAAGGCGUCUUUAUCAAUCAACUCUCAUUUUCUUUUGAAGUUUUUAUUUUCAAUUUGCUGAUAUGAUACUUGCAGCAAAACAAUGCCUCACUCUCUUGGCCAUGAAGAGUAAGAUGCUAAUACUUUUGCAAAUUGGGUAAGUAUUUGCUUGUUCUUCUUAGGUGUUCUAUUUGUACCAUGGAAUUUGUCGAUGAUGCAGGGGCUACCUAAAAAGCUCCCAGCGAGAAGGCAAGGGAGGAAUAAAUCCGGGAGAUGCCCUUUGAGGAGGUUCUGCCUCAAGUCCUUGUUCUGCCCCUUUUGAUGCCUCUUUUGCUUGUGAAGUCUAGGUUUCGGUCCCAUUUGAUGCCUUUACUGCAGCUGCCACACUAGUCCCUCUUUCUGAUGCCAAUGAUGAUCAACUGAGCCCACACACCACCGCUUUGCGCCAACUGUCUCUUCUAACUAUACUGAUGCUAUACAUUGCUCGGAUACAUUUUAACAAGAUGCCCCCCGGUGGCCACCUGUAACAAGGCGGUAACCGAGGGAGGUGCUCAUCUAGCCCUUACUUGUAAUAAGAACAUCAACAUGUUCUUGAAUAUGUAGAAGUGUUAGUUUUUAGUUGUGCCG